UUUUCUUUAAAAUCCCUGAUUAGAACCUUAGUUGAAAGAUACUUGAAUGGCAGCACAGUUUGCAUAUUGGAGCAUGGCGACUACGAUUGGCAAUUGUCAAAGUCAGUUGAGAAUUACUCGAGCUUUGUGGUUAUUAAUCUGAACACAUUAGCUGACAGCUUUGUGGAUAACGUGGUGGAUGCGAGAGUCAAAGAACAGGAGUUAAAGCUAAACGAGCUACCUUAUGAUGACUUCUUACUCAAGCUGACCAUUUCAAUAGAGACUUCCCACUGCGAGAGUUUUCUUGUGUUUGGAGAACAUAUUCCUCGCUUUGUCAAUGCCUUUUUAAAGGCAUCGAUGUAUUCUAUAUGGCGCAGUUUGUACAACAAAUUUCUGUUUGCUCUUGAAGCUGACGAAUUGGAUAAGUUUUGUUGUGAAGGGUAUUUUUUCGAGGAUCAACCCAACAUACUGUUUGUUGUGCGUGAUUCACCAAGUAACUCAACAUUUGAACUGAAGACAAACAAGUACGUGGGACCAAGAGCAGAGCAACCAGCUCAGCUGCUUUUGCUGGAUGUCUAUGAUGCCAGUGAGCAGCACUUUCAUCUCAACAAUUGCCUCUUUUCCGACAAGCUGAGCGAUCUGCAGGGACGUGAAGUAAUCGUCGCUGGCUUCGACUACAGACCGUAUACGGUUAUCAAGCAGUUGGAAGGCCGCAGCAAUUCACGGGAUGUCGGACAGUUGGAUCAUCCUAAAGUUUACAUCGAUGGCACCGAAAUGCGCGUUGUACUCAGUUUCUGCGAGCAGUUUAACUGCACUGUGCAGAUCGAUACAUCUGACGCCUACGACUGGGGCACCAUCUACCCGAAUACGUCAGGAGACGGCGCCAUGGGCAUGAUUGUGCAGCACAAGGCGGAAGUUUGCAUUGGCGCCAUGUACUCGUGGUACGAUGACUACACCUAUCUGGACAUGUCCAUGUAUCUGGUGCGUUCGGGCAUCACGUGCCUGGUGCCGGCGCCACAUCGUCUGGCCAGCUGGUAUCUGCCACUGCAACCAUUUCAGGGCACCUUGUGGGCCGCUGUGCUGCUCUGCUUGGGCAUCGAGACAGUUGGCCUCGUGCUCGGGCAUCGCAGUGAAUUGCAGCUCUAUGAUGAACCGUUGGACAGUGAAAAUGCUUGGUGGAGCAGCUGGAUCUUUGCUGUGGUCACCACCUUCAAGCUGUUCAUCUCGCAGUCAGGGAACAGCAAUGUGCAAUCGGUGACUGUGCGUGUGCUGCUCUUUGCCUGCUUCCUCAACGACACCAUCAUCACGAGCAUCUAUGGCGGUGGCUUGGCCAGCAUUCUGACCAUUCCAAGUCUCGGCGAGGCAGCGGACACCAUGCAACGCAUGCGUAGUCAUCGACUGCAGUGGGCAGCCAACUCAGAGGCUUGGGUAUCAGCGAUACGUGGCUCAGAUGAUCCACUGGUGCAGGAACUUCUAAUAAACUUUCACAUCUACACCGAUGAGCAGUUGCUGAACAUGGCUAAAACUGGACGCAUGGGUUUCACCGUGGAGCGAUUGCCAUUUGGACACUUUGCCAUUGCCGACUAUCUGACUGGCGAGGCCAUCGAUCAGAUGGUCAUCAUGCGGGAGGAUCUAUACUAUCAAUACACAGUGGCAUUUGUGCCCCGUCUUUGGCCGCUGCUCGAACGCUUCAACGAUUUAAUUUAUCGCUGGCACUCGGGUGGCUUCGACAAGUACUGGGAAUAUCGCGUGGUCGCCGACAAUCUGAACGUGCAACUGCAACAGCAGGUGGAGAGCACGAUGCCAGGUGUCGAGGGUCAAGAUGACGUUAACAUCGAACCCGUCACCCUGGGCAUGUCCAAUUUCGCUGGCAUUCUGCUUGUCUGGGUUUUGGGCAUAACUGUGGCGCUUAUCGUUUUUUUGACCGAACUGCUGACCCACAAGUUCAAAGGCCAGCCGGCUGUGAACUCUUUGUAAACACAUUAUGCGAUUCUUAGCACAUCUGCGCACUUAUUGCCGAAUCGGUUUUUUGCGCAACAUCUUGAGUUAUUAACGGAUUUCACAGCCAGCACGAGUAUUUGCAUCUUUGAGUAGCUCAUCGCAAACAUAAAAAACCAGUAGGAAAGCAAACACGAAAGUGAUCAACUUGAAGAUACCUGAUAGCUUCACUUAGUGCAUAAAAUCUAGCAAUCUGUUAUAUCUAGUUAUAAUAGGAAAUUAGAAAAAUAUAUGUACUCUGCAAUUAUUGCUGUCAACUUUAGUUUUUUGAAGACAGGUCUAAAUUCUAUACCCAAUUUGAUAUUCGAAUUCACACA